AUGUCGCCUCACACAACUUUGCGGCUGGCUGCCCGGCCUCUCAGUCAAUUGGCGACGAGGAAAGCGCUAGCCCAGCUGCCACCGUCGCAAUGUUUCCGGUAUAACACCUCAUGCGCUGGAUUCGGCAUUGGGCUCUACGCCCGUCUCCCACGGCACUUCUCAACCUCCCGCCCUCCCCCAAAACGACCGCAACCCGAGACAGAUCCUGUCAUUGAGCUCGGAUCUCCAAGCGAGCCCAUUCUCCUCAACGCGCCCCAGCCCGAAACCCAGCACAGCACAGAAAACACACCUUCAGACCCCUCAUCACCACCGCCAACAGAAGAUGCCGACCGCUCAAAAUCAGAACCAACUUCCGAAUCACCUUCCUCCUCCCCGGAAUCUUCCUCCCCCGACCCUUCCCCCUCCGAAUCCCCAAACCCCUCCCCCUCAAAACCCAACCCCCCCGAACCCGAACUCCCCUCCGUAACCGACUCCCACCGCCACUCCCUCUCAGUCAAAUUCUCCGCCUUCAUGGACCAGUUCCAAUCCCGCAUCCUCGUCGCAACCCAAACCCUUAACGACCUAACAGGCUACUCCGCCAUCGAAGCCAUAAAGUCCCGCAACGCCCAGCUGGAAUCAGACCUCUCCACCGCCCAAGCCCGCCUCCGCGCCGCCCGCCAAAACUACAAGUCCCUCACCACCCACCGCGCCUCGACCCAGAGGGAGGUUACCGCCCUCCUCGCGAGAAAAGACACCUGGAACCCGACCGAUCUGGAACGAUUCACUUCGCUUUAUCGAAUGGACCACACCCUCGAAGCGCAAGUCUCUGCCGCGAGCGCGGAGCUGACAGAGGCAGAGACGAACGAGAGCAGGAUAUCUGCUGAGCUGAACGCGGGGAUUUUGAGGCGGUAUCAUGAGGAGCAGAUUUGGAGUGAUAGGAUAAGGAGGCAGUCGACUUGGGGGACGUGGGGUUUGAUGGGCGUGAACUUUGUCUUGUUUUUGGUUCUGCAGUUUGUGGCGGAGCCGUGGAGGAGGAAGAGGAUGAUUAAGGGGAUUGCGGAGACGGAAAAGGAGAAUAUGGAGGAGGUGAGGAGGGAGCUGAAGGAGGUCAGGGCGGCGAUGGAGGUGGUGAAGGAGCAUCAUCAGAGACAACAACUGGCUGCGCCUGUGGUGGUGGAGGAGCCAGUUUUGGUUGAGGAGGAGGAACAAGAAGAUGGUGCUGCCGUCCCCUUGGUAACAGAAGAAGAGGAAGCCACCCGCCCAUCGGAGCAUGACUUUAGGCGGAGCGGCCUUUUUGGAGGCGGCCAGAGGCCUUGGAAAGAGGUGCUUCAGGAGUACUGGGAAGAUCCCCAGUUGCUCAGGGAUGACGCGAUGGAUUUGUAUAGCGACAGGAGGAUAGCGCUGAGGAUGAAGGAUGUGUCGGUUAUCGCGCUCGAGGGCGCGGCGGCGGGUGCUGCGGUUGCGCUGGCUGUUGCGCUGGCGGUGAUGCGGUUCAGCAGCCCAUAA